UCCACAGCACUUCACGGCACUCCCAACGUCACAGCGGGUAAAGCAAGUUGAGUGAAGGACCAGGGGAGUCGGGACUGUCGGGAGAGGAAGGAAGGAAAGAGGAAGAUCAUUCGGAGCAUCGCGCAUCCGCGUCGUAAUCAGUCGUAAAUGUCAUAAUGCUGUCGGAGCGAGCACUAAUGUAGCAACGAAUAAUUAUAUGAUGUACCAGCACUACAAGCACGCGCGGAACGUCAUAUGAGUUGCCGCAGACAGCGUCUUGAUUUUAACCUAAUUUCGUUCAUACCUGUUUUCCGAAGGAAUCUCAGUAGUACUAUACAUGAAACAUGAUGUCUAACGGCGGCAUUCAGAAUCCGACUGAGCAAAUUGAAGAUACCUCAAUGGGGAAUAAUCUACAUCACUCAUCCUCGAUAUUAUCGCCAUCGCCAUCGUCGGCCUUGAAUUCUCCCCUCAUGAAGCUAUCUUCGUACUUCCUAGCAGUGCGACCAUGGUCGCUGAGCGCGUCGUUGAUGCCGACGCUUCUUGGAUCAGCGCUUGCAUAUCGACUACCAGGCCUGGCGAGCUUCAAUUGGAUAUCGCUAUGCCUUACCGUGCUCAUAGUGGUUUGUGUGCAUGGUGCUGGUAAUGUAGUGAACACUUAUUUUGACUAUGUGAAAGGUGUUGAUAGUAGGAAAAGCGACGACAGAAUACUGGUAGAUGAGUUACUGUCCAAAGAUGAAUUGGUCACAUUGGGGGCAUUCCUAUACGCAGCAGGAUGUUUGGGAUUUGUCUUACUGACAGUCAUCUCUCCCGCAAAGAUGGAACAUUUGGCUCUUGUGUAUUUCGGAGGUUUAUCCUCCUCCUUUCUCUAUACAGGAGGUAUAGGAUUGAAAUAUAUCGCUCUGGGCGAUGUACUUAUCUUAAUUAUAUUCGGUCCAAUCUCAGUUUUAUUUGCGUUUAUGGCGCAAACCGGUUACGUUGAACUAGGAACAAUUUAUUACGCGAUACCGCUUGCCUUGAAUACCGAGGCUAUUUUGCACAGUAACAACACGAGAGAUAUGGAAAGUGACGAGAAAGCAGGAAUCGUGACGCUAGCUAUUUUAAUAGGUCAUACCGCGUCUCACGUUUUGUAUGCUUUUUUACUGUUUACACCGUAUAUAAUUCUUAUAGUAGUGGCGUUUAGAUAUUCCCUCUGGUUUGUACUGCCAGUGGUCACUUUGCCGACUGCCUUUAAAAUAGAAAAGGACUUUCGCAAUCCGCAUAGAAUUCAAAACGUGCCUAAACGGACAGCUGGAUUAAAUUCAUUUCUAGGUAUUUUAUAUGUUCUCGCUUGUUUACUCGUGAGCUCGCUUCCUUAUCUAUAAAUUAUUCAUGAGGCUUUUGUGCAUCAUUGUCCUGGAUUACUCUUUCUAUUCUGUUGAUAUUGUUUUCAGUGAGAUUUCAUCCAGACUUGUAAUUAAAAGUAUAACUUUCCAACGAGGGGAGGAAAAGUUUAAAACACAUGAGUUGUUUUAUUCAUUUUCAUAUAUCAAUUACGUUCUAUAUAACUUUGCGCCAUCUCGUAACAUAAUCCAAAUGUGAUUAUGUUAUUAUCUGCAAGGGUAAUCCAAGACUGACAUUUUUGAUUAAGUUAGAC